AUGAAACUCGAAGCUUACUGCAUUCCUGAAAUAUGCAACAAAUGCUGGAAAAUCAUCGACAAGGAAAAAUUCCGUGGGACGGCAAUGUGGCAAACUUGCAUGGUCCUGACCUCAGAGGAAAAAUGCUGCGCACCGCCAACUCACUUUUGGAGUCUUUUCAGAUCCCAAGGGGAGAUUUGUGAAGACAGCUCAAGAAUAAUUGAAGAGACAUCGGUUGAUUUGGACUCAGAAGACUGUGAAUUCAUCCAAAGCCCUGGAAAUGGACUUGUUGGGAUACUGGAAUUCGAAGACAUGGAAGAUGAGUCAUCGCCAAAAAUCAACGUCAAUGCAAAGUCGUGCCUUUUGACCAAAACCGUCAUUUGUGGACCAAAAGAGAAUCUCAGUAUUUUCGUCCUACAGAUAAUGGCAUUGGUUGGUCUCGUGACGGCGACAGUUUUCAUCAUGGUCUUUAUUGUGCACAAAAUGAGAGCUCAAAAACAGGCGUUGAAGGAAAGCCACAGUGCAAGAAUGUUCUACUCGAAUUCUCCUUCCGUGCUCUCGAAUUAUGGGCUCACAGAUGCACUGCUUCUCAAUCAAGAAGAAACUUCCAAAGCUUCUUCAAAGCUGUUAUCACCGAAUCCGAGCAUCGAUCAAAGAACUUUCCCUGCUGAUAAAUCACAUAUCGAAAGCGACGGCUUUGUGGACCCGAGAAUCCAAGUCUCAAAAACUGCUUUUGACCUUGGAAUUAUCGCCGCUGCGCCGAUAAAAGAGGAUGAGGUUUUGAUCCGCAUCCCCAAAUCCUGCCAAAUCAAUCUCCAUUCAUUCGACUCUUCUCCAAACUCCAUGGCCAAUUUUAUUCGUCAAAAGAAAAUCACUCUCUCCUGCCAUCAAAUUCUAGCGCUUCAUUUGGCUCUAGAACGGCGAAAACCGCUCACUCCCAUCAUGAAAAAAUUCAUUCAAACGCUCCCGGAACACUUUUCUCUCCCACUGGACUACUCGCCCAAGGCCAUGGCCAAUUUGCCCUGCGAGGUUUAUCUCUUAUCAGUCGCGCUGCAGAAGAAUGUCACAGAGCUCUGCUUCGCCCUGGGCAAACAGAUUGGACUGACCAAAGCGGACCUUACUUGGGCUUAUUCAAUGGUCCUAAGUAGGACCUUCUCUUUGCCGAAUUAUAUGGAAACCUCAGAUCUUGACUACUGUUCUGACAAAGACACUUCCAGAAGCGCCUUUAUGUGCCCCUUUAUGGACCUUAUCAACCAUUCCAGCACGCCAAAUUGCUACUAUGAAACAGCAAAAUGUUUCAAAGAAACAAUGAACAAGAAAUUGGAAUCAUGGAGGAAAUUCGAGACCGCGAAAGGAUUCGUCUACGCUCUUUAUGAAGACAAACUGUGUGAUGGCUUUCAGAAUACAAUUUCUGUCCUGUCAUUUUUACUCAAAAAGUCGGAGGAAAAAGUGCUAGAAAAACUGGUGGAAAUGAAGCUCCGAUCGAAUGAAAAAUUCAUCACGGAAGAUAAUGAGGAUAUUUAUAAAGUUGAAAACUUUAUACUCAACAGCUGGAAGAGUAAAAUACAGUGA